AAAUAAAUAAAUCCCUAAUUUUCCAUGCCUUUUUUUAAUUAACAUAAUGAUACACUUAUAUUCUUAAAAUUCUAGAUACACCUCCAAAGAAAACAUGUCAAAAGUAUAAGGGAUGCUUUAUGCAAAUUAUAUUCGGCACUUAACUUUAUAAUGUAGUAAAUAAUACUUAAUAACCAACAGACUAACAGCUACUUAGGAAGAAUAUAAAGAUUGGUUAGACAUGUUGAGACUUGAGUUGAGACUAAUUCCAAAGUUUUUACUUGUAUUUUAUACCUUUCUUUCUCCUUUUUUCUUACAUUUCUUUUCGUUGGACUUGAUAAGUUGAGAAUUCGGCCCAAAUCCUCACCCCAUAAUGGAGCCCAAGCCUACUUGUAAGUGGGCCUAGAUUCGCUGACGUAGAAGCAGCCUCAAACCCGUGAUUGUGAUAAAUGCUCAGUAACACACAACUCUGCAUUUAUUUCAUCUCCUCCUCAUACUCGUGAAUCCAUAAUUAUCCUACUUAAAUUUAUGCACCCACCAUUUUUUAUUCACUUGUCACACACUCCAACCUGGGAAUUCAAUAAAUUUCCCAUCUCUUAUAAAAUACCCCUAGAAAUUCAGACAUUAUAACAAGUUUCUUUCAUUCCAACAUGGCCUUUUUUCUCUCAAUACAAGCAACUUUACUACUAUUUCUUUCCUUCUUUCCACUAGGCUGGUCAUUCACCGUUAUAAUGUCCGAUUCGGGUACGCCUUCAGCUCUGGUUGAUGCACCACAAACUGGCUACUCUAUGAAUAAUAACCGUGCACGAACCGAUCCUCGUGAACGAGAAGCUGUUUACGACAUUAUGAGGGCCACGGGGAACGACUGGGCCACCGAUAUCCCUGACGUUUGUCGUGACCGAUGGCACGGAAUCGAGUGUAUGCCGGACUACGACAACGUCUACCAUGUUGUAUCACUUUCUUUUGGAGCAUUGUCCGAUGAUACAGCAUUUCCUACUUGUGAUUCAACUCAUUCUUUCAUUUCACCUUCUGUUACAAAACUUCCACAUCUUCGAACUUUAUUCUUCUAUCGUUGCUUUAGUAACAAUCCUCAGCCCAUUCCAGCAUUUCUGGCCCAAUUAGGGCCCACUUUACAGACACUAGUUUUAAGAGAAAAUGGGUUCACAGGGCCCAUUCCAAAUGAAUUGGGUAACUUAACCAGUUUGAGAGUCCUAGAUCUUCACAAGAACAAUCUCAACGGUUCAAUACCGGUUUCUCUAGGCCGGAUCACCGGUUUGAGGUCGUUAGAUUUGAGUGAUAACAAACUAACCGGUUCAAUUCCGAGUUUGACUUUCCCUCAGUUAAAUGUGUUAGACCUUAACCAAAAUCACCUUGCGGGUUCAAUUCCAUCCACACUCAUGAAGUGUCAUUGGCUUAUAAAGCUAGACCUGAGUCGCAAUCGCCUCUCAGGCUCAAUACCUUACUCCAUCGAUAACUUAAACAAUCUCAUCCUCAUGGAUUUGAGCUACAACAGUUUAACAGGUUCAUUCCCAAUCUCGCUCAAGAAAUUAAAUUUUCUCCAAGCCUUAAUCCUCAACGGCAAUCCAAUGGACUCUGCUACUCUACCAGUUAACGGGUUUGAUGGUUUCAAGGACUUGAUGAUUUUAGCUUUAUCGAAUAUGAAUCUUCAAGGUUCAAUACCGAAUUCUCUAGGCCGGUUGCCUAAAAUUCGAGUCCUUCAUCUUGAUGGGAAUCAAUUCAAUGGCUCAAUCCCAUUAAGUUUUGGUAAUUUAAAUAGCUUAAGUGAGCUCAGGCUAAACAACAACAUGUUAAGUGGACCUAUCCCAUUUAAGAGAGAUAUGGUUUGGAGAAUGAGAAGGAAAAUGAAACUUGCCAAUAAUGAAGGGCUUUGCUAUAACAACGAAAAUGGUCUUGGAGAUGAUCUAGAGACGUUGUUGGAUUCGGGGAUUGGACAUUGUGGAGAUUCCAAAACAGAACCAACAAAAAUAGUGGAACAUAUUUCAACACUUAAUAGAGGAAGUAUUUCAAGAUCAAAUAGUGACUCAGGUGUUACAUUGAACAAAUUACAACUUCUUUCUAAGAGCUUGAUUCAGUCGGCAACUUUAGUUUUGUUUGCAUUCCAUUUAUUAUGAGAAAUUGUUUAGUGGUUUGUGUACAGUAUCUUUUUUGUCUUUCAGCCUUUAAAUGUAACAAAGCAUCAUAAUAUUAAAUACG